AUGCUUCUCAAGCGCGCUGGGAAACUUUCGAGAGUAUUAUAUCUCAUUGAGAAAUCUGACAUCCCUGCUGUCUCCAUACCAACAGUUGUCGUGGCACUUGCGAUUUCAGGGUUGCCCAGUGUGUCUUUAUUCAUCAAAGGAGUAAUCUGGAACCAGCUGCAUCUGUUGGCUUUUGAAAUUCUCGGUCUUGAAGAAGAUCGCAUUGCAAAGCCGCAUCGCCCACUGCCCUCUGGUCUUAUCUCGUUGGAAGACGCCCAUAUACUUUACCGCUGCCUGUUGGUAUGCAUGUGGAUCGCGGCUUUCCAUUGCAACACUUUUGUUUGCACCUUUGCAUAUACAGCCGCGAUCACGAUUUACAAUGAAGGUGGACUUGCUGCUUUUUCCGGCUUGAAGAAUGUUAUUGGGGCAUUUGGCCUGAUGUGCAUGUGUUGGGGAACAACAGUCACUUUUGCUAACGGGGAGGGUUUGCAUAGCAAGAGAGCCUUGGCAAUUCUCAUUUUCGGGCUCAUUUUCUCAACCACUGGACACGCCCAAGAUUUCCGUGACCGGUCAGCAGAUGUAGUUAUGGGCAGAAAGACGAUACCAUUGGUGCUUUCUCAACCCCUCGCCAGGUGGUCGCUUGCAGUCAUGAUCGCGGCAUGGACAGCAGGCCUGAUUGUUUUCUGGCAACCUCCCAUGGUUGUCAGUAUCGCUUUUGCCAUUCUUGGGCUUCGAACAUUGGGCGGCUACCUUAUGAGUGAUGAAGAGAAAGAUGAUUCCGUGUCGUAUGUUUAUUACGGGGUAAGAUCAUUCCUCAAAGUUAAAACAGCAAGGAGAUGCUAA